AUGCCCAAUAGCUCUGCUGCUGGUUUCAAUCCUGAGCGCCAAGAGAUCGACCGGAUCUUACGGGCCAAGCGACAGCAACGCGAAACAAAGGCGUGCUAUCCGUGUCGCUCGCGCAAAGUCAAGUGCGACAACGGCCAACCAUGCAGAACCUGCCAGAAACGAGGUCAUCCCGAGAUCUGUGUCUAUGGCCUUGAGGAAUCUUCUCCGCGGAAGCGGGCCAUGCGAAGUCCUCAGAGUAGCAACGCUGAUGCUUCUCGCGUUGCAUUUCCGUCUGGCUUAAAAAGUGUAAAUGAUCAGCCUCCAAUCAGGAAUUCGGCAUCUCCUCUGCAUACCAGACCUGCAUCGGAAUCGAUCAAUCAAGGAGACCCUGCAAAUUACAUUUUCUCUGGAGAGAAUACAGUCAUUUCCAUACUGGGUUCACACUACGCCGAUGGAUCAAUUACCCACAAGGCGAGCACUGUGUUGGGACUCCAAAACAGCUUCAGCAAUUACCCAUUCCUUGAUGUCAAAUCACCCAUAGAUCGCUGGAAGGCUCUCGUGGAGAUUCUUCCUCAAAGGGAGGAGAUUUUGAAGUUUUUUCACUUCUACCGCACCUCCGCCCAUCCAUUCAACCCAAUUCUUGUCGAUAUAGACGGCUUUGAAUUGUUCCUAUGCCACUUCCUUACAUCCUACGCGUCUGGGGAACUGCGCGAUCACGACAAGGUCUCGGAAAGAUGGUCGUCGGAUCGAUCCGUCGGUCAGAUCAGUCUCCUCCUGGCCGCGUUGGCUUCGGGAGCGCAUUACUCAGACCUUGAGAACCCCGAGAGGUCAGAGAAAUACCAGAGCUUUGCCCGCCGAUCUUUCCAAGCACUAAGGCUGGCAAAUUUCCUCUUGAGGCCGUCGCUUGAAGUUGUCCAAUCUCUACUCAUUCUGGGAAAUACGCUACAGAAUAACGGUCAAUCUGAUGGCGCGUGGGCUAUGCUUGGCACGACUGUCAGAUUAGCCCAGACCUUGGGACUACAUACCGAGAAGAGCAUUUCUCACUGGCCAGAACCAAUGAGACCAAAGGCCAAAGCAUUGUGGUAA